AUGGCCUACUCUAUUCCCUCCAAAGCUCCAACCGACAUUCGUGUCCUCACAUUCAACUGCUGGGGUCUCAAAUACAUCGCCAAGUACCGCCAUGAACGCAUGUCGGAGAUUGGGCGGCAAUUGGCAAUAGCCAGCCCGCCGCCCGAGAUAGUUGGACUGCAAGAAUGUUGGACCCAGAAGGAUUAUGAAAGCAUUCGCGAUCAGACUCGACACAUCCUACCGUAUGGGAAGUUCUAUUACGGGGGCAUAUUUGGUGCGGGAUUGGCGAUUCUAUCAAAAUGGCCAAUCGAGGAAAGCAGCAUGUUCGGCUACCCGUUGAAUGGCCGACCAACGGCAUUCUUCCGAGGAGAUUGGUUCGUGGGGAAAGGAGUCGCCAGCGCACGCGUUCGGUUCGGUCCCGGUACUGCUGACGUCGCCGAGGUGUUCUGCACUCAUCUGCACGCGCCGUAUGAGCGCGAACCAAACGACUCCUAUCUCUGCCACCGGACUGCGCAGGCAUGGGAGAUCUCUAAGCUAAUGCGUGGCGCUGCGGAACGCGGUCACCUUGUCAUCGGCCUGGGUGACUUCAACAUGGUGCCUUCCUCUUUCGCGCACCGCCUUAUCACCACGCAGAGCCCUGUCCGCGACGCCUGGCGUGAGCUGCACCCGGACUCAUCCCUCGCGGCAGCAAUUGAUCCUGCCGAACAAGCACGGAAUCGGCCUAUUCCCACUGCCGAGUUCAAUCUUACCGAGAAUGGAGCUACAUGUGACGGGGCCUUCAAUACUUGGCGUUGGACUGAGGCCAUGCGCAAGCGCCUAGUCAAGGGUGAGGAUAUUGAGAUUGACAAUGAGACCCCAGACCCGCGCGCCAAACGUCUGGAUUAUAUCUUCAUCGGCGACGGUGGCUACCCGCCUGCAUUCCCGCCAUCUAGCUGGUCAGUCCAGUCAGUUCAGAUCUCCAUGACACAGCGCCAUCCCACUCUCCUCUGCUCGCUGAGUGACCACUUCGCCGUUGAGGCUGUCAUCACCCGUUCUUCUGUACGGACAUACCCUCCUUCCCACUCUUCAGACUCUGCCCCAAGCUCUCCCACUUCUCCUUCCCUGCAUGAAACAACUUCAAAGCCCGUCUCCCCCAACGCCGCCCUUUCUCCAGACACAUAUGACCACAUCAUUGACAUGACCCACACAUACGUGGCCCGUGAACGCUCUCAGCGCCGUUGGCGUCUGGCGCAUUUCUUGGUAUCUAUUGUGAUUUCCAUUGGUUGCAUGGUCGGCGUGUGGUGGAUUGGCAACCGCACGUACAUCGGAUUCAUCCUCAUCCUAGUCAGCACGCUCAACUUCGCCGCUGGGGUUUUGGAUGGUUUGAUUGGUGGGCUGUUUAUGUCGGGUGAAUUACGGGCCUUGAAAGAGUUUGAGUGGGAGGUAAGAAAUGCUAGAAACCUGGUCGUUGCCGCCGAGAAUAGGGUAGGUGCUACUUCUGAAGAAAGGGACGGAGAUCAGAAGGAUUAA